CUGCCCAGUCCCUUGCCAACCAAACGCAAUCGCACUUAUUCUCAGUCACAAAAAGCAUCAGCAGGGCCGAUCCUCAAUGGUGUAGUAAAAAGUUUUUGUAGACAAAAAGGUCAUGGAUUCAUCCAACCGAAUUCUGGUGGAGAACCUUUAUUUGUCCAUAUUUCAGACAUUGAAACUGAUUGUGCUCUAAAAGAUGGUGAUGAAGUUACAUAUAAACUCUGUCCCAUCCCACCUAAAAUGGAAAAGUUUAGCGCUGUACACGUGAAGAUGCUACGACCCAAGGAAGGAGUUGAACAUGAAAAGUGG